AUGGUGGUGAUGAUGCUGGUGAUGAUGCUUGUGAGGAUGAUGGUGAUGAUGAUGACAAAUCUCUCGAGUACCUUAUGCAGUUAUUGGAAAUUCGGAAGUGCCAAUGAGACGGGAAAGUGGGCAAGUGACGGAUGCAGGGUUCGAGAAUCCAACGAUUCAUUCACAGUCUGUGAAUGCGACCAUCUUACCAAUUUUGCUGUGCUUAUGAGUCCAUUUGUCGAAGCUGACUCGGAGUCCAUAUCUCUUCGAGUUGUCUCGAUUGUUGGCAUUGGGCUUUCUAUGUUGUGUCUGCUGAUAACAAUCCUUAUACACGUUUGCCUUUGGAGGUACCUGAAGAGUGAACGGGCAGUCCUCUUACUCAAUCUCAGUAUUGCUCUGCUGUCCUCUUAUAUCAUAUUUCUCGCUGGAGUUGACCGAACAGAAAGCACGGUGUUCUGCGCUGUGGUGGCGGCACUGCUGCAGUACAUAUACUUGGUGGUAUUCUGUCUGAUGUUAGCCGAGGGUAUUGAACUUGCAGUUACAGUACUGUAUGUGUUCCCAACAAGGUCUCGACUCCGGGUUCUGGUCGUUUCUGCCUGGUGUAUGUACAACGUCUUUGAAUAG